UGUGUGUGUUGACUUUGCAGACUGGACUAAUAGUGGCAUGCUACCAAGGAUACAUGGAUGUGGUGGUUGCUCUCUCCCAGUGUCCUCACCUGGAUGUGAACUGGCAGGACAAUGAAGGCAAUACAGCCCUCACCACUGCUGCUCAGGCGGGUCACAUCACAAUCACUAACUACCUACUCAACUACUUUCCUGGGCUUGACAUCGAGAAGAGGAACUGCCACGGUUUCACCGCUCUGAUGAAAGCUGCUAUACAGGGUCGAGUGGAAUGUGUCAGAGCCCUGAUGCUGGCAGGAGCUGACAUAGAUGCCAGGGACAACGGGAGGAAAUUCACUGCGCGAGAGUGGGCCAUCUUUACAAGCCGCUAUGACACUGUGUUCGCCAUGACGCGGCUGAUGCAGCAGCCGUGUGCGGAUCAGUUCUGCGACACCUAUCGGUCUGAGUGGCCCCUUCUGCCUGCGCUGUUGGCCAAAGCUCAGGCGCCCAAAGGCUGCAUUCAGAAAAUUUCAGAGACACUACGUGACUUCUUUGACAUCAGUAACGUCACCGAGGCGUCAGAAGACGGGGUUCUGGAUCACAUGGUGCGCAUGACAACAUCGCUGGGGAGCCCGUUCAUCGCAACUGCGUGUCGAACGGUGUGUCCCGGCAGCCCGCCCUGUGUGGGAAAACGCCGGUACUCUGUUCAGGAGAUACUAAAAAAACAACGCAUCGAGCAGCUGAAAAGUUUGCGACCCGAGCGCCUCGAGAACUACAAACGUCUCUUCCAGAACUCCCGCGUCCUGCUGGUGCCCAAAUCGAAAGAUCGUCGUGCGAGUCUGCAACCCCAGGCCCAAUCAGACGGCUCCUCCUCUUCCUCCCCGGGCAUCCGCAGGGCCAGUCUGCUCCCCUUACACCUGCUGAGGAGGAGCAGCGUUAGGCCAGGUAUGGUGGUGCCCAAGCUGAGGAUUACCAAGGCUCCUUCGUCAACCUACGUGCCGGAGAAAGUGCGGCGGAAAAGCAGCUGUGUAGACGACCAGUUCCUCCAGAUCCCAAAGUGGAGAUACAAAGAACUGAAAGAGGAGCGAAAGAAAGCAGAGGAGGCAGAAAGGAAAAGACUGGAGGCCAUAACGAAAAGUCAACUCACUACAGGCAAAAGGAAAUAAAUGUGUGCAGACACACUGCUCACUGUUUUAUACUUGAAAUGCAAUUUUGAUGUUGGAUUCAAAAUUUUUUUUUAAAGACAAUUCAUAUUUAUAAAGCUUCUCAACUCCUUUUUACCCUCUUUAAAAUAGCGUAAAGUGAAGGAUUUAAAGUGAACAGCUCCUUUAAUCCAUUUUCAUGUGUUUUGAGCAUCAAGAAAAUAGCUAAUAUGAGUAAACUACUAAAACCAGAUGCUACUUUAUGUUUACAUUCUUAAAAUUGGGUUCUUUGAUUUUUUUAGAGUUGUCCAAAUGCUAGUGUUGUCUCAGAUUUAACCGUAACAUUGUGAAUGUAUUUAACAGACAUACUUUGUCAAUACCUCA